CUGUAAGGUAAGCGAAGACGAGGAGUCGUGCUUUAUCUCUUGUCUUCCUCUCCCUUCACCCGUCUAGUCAUGGACACACAGACCAAACAAGUGGUGGGCCGUGGCUGCAAGAGGAAGGAGGAUGGCCGCCAGACUAUCAAUGGUCCCGGAAAAAGACUAAAAUACACCGAUGACGCCACUAUAUACGAGGGUGUGUUUUCCUUUAAGAGAAGUAAAGGCAAUAAGAGAAAAGUGUGCGGUAUCUCAUCACUGGACUACUGGAGUGAAGUGGAAGAUGAGGACAUUAAAGAAGUUAAUUACAAGAAUUAUGUAAAGUGCUGGCAAAUGGUCACCAAUAUUCUCAACGAUUUACAAAGCAGUAUUCAUGCCAAAGUAUUUGAAGACUUGGUGAAAUUUGUUAGAAAUUCUGGCGAGGAGAGUUGCACCAUAAAUGCUUCGACUACAGGUGGUAAAUCAGUGGAAGGCCAGAGAGAUAUACCUACAGCAUGCUUAGUAACGGGUGUAAACAUGCCAGACCACGAUGCAGUGUUUAGCAGUUUAGUUGGCCUUCUGGUUGAAGGGGUUACACCACACAUUGCACAGCUUCGAAGUAGAGAAUGCAGCACUCUUAGGUGA